UGAGCGCGCGGAAGAUGUCCAUCAGGGCUGAUUACGCGGCGGUGGCGCUGCAGGACCCCGCGCAGUCGCCGCUGCCGCUGCGGGUCCGCGUCUACCCGCAGCGCUGGCUCAUCCUGGCCAUCUACAUGCUCUUUUCGACGUCAAACCUCUGGCAGUGGAUACAGUACGCAAUAGUCGGAAACUUGGUGCGCAAGUACUACGACGUCAGCAGCUAUGCCGUAGAUUGGACGUCUGUCCUCUUCAUGCUGGUCUACAUACCAUUCGUUUACCCAGCGUCGUCCCUGAUUAACGAGAAGGGUCUGCGGCUGUCCAUUCUGCUGGGUGCUGCUCUGAACGCUGCGGCGACGUGGCUGAAGGUGUUGGCCGUGGCGCCCGGCCGCUUCUGGCUGCUGCUGGUGGCGCAGUCGAUCGCCGCUGUCGCGCAGGUCUUCGUGCUCACCGUGCCACCCACCGUCGCCUUCCUUUGGUUCGGCGCCAACGAGGUGUCCACUGCCUGUGCGCUCGGCGUCUUCGGCAAUCAGCUGGGGGUAUCUCUGAGCUUCUUCCUAACACCACUCUUAAUAACGGACCACGAGAACGUAGAAGACAUCGGUUGGGACAUGAAAGUCUACUCUUACUCCCUCGCUGGAGGAUCCACGCUCGUCUUGUUACUGGUCAUCGCAUUCUUCCAGGACAAGCCGGCGACGCCGCCGAGCGUGGCCGUGGCGGUACGCGAGAUGUCGGCGUCGAAGCAGGGCGAGGCUGGCGGCGGCUCGUCGCUGGUCGUCCUGCGCCGCCUGCUGCGCUGCCCGCCCUUCCUGCUGCUCGUCGCUUCGCUCAGCCUCUGCUUCAUCGUUUUCAACGCCGUGGGCACCAUGCUCAACCCCCUCAUCCUACUCUACUUCCCGGCACACAUCCGUUGUCCUGGUCGUGAUUCUCCUUGUGAGUAUGGUCGCUUUCACGUUCACUUUGUCUCUUGGAAAUCAUGCAGUCGUGUACGUCGUCUCAUUGUGUUUGGGGUUUUCAUCGGGCGGUUACUUCCCGGUGGGCAUGGAGUUCGUGUCGGAGCUGACGUACCCAGAGCCCGAGAGCAUCGCGAUGGCCGUGAUGAUGAUCGCAGUGCAGGCGGCGAGCUCGGCAGCCACAGUGCUGUACGGCUGGAUGCUGGGCGCCGUGGGAGACCUGUGGGCCAACGUGUUCCUCAGCGCGCUGCUGCUCGUCGCGCUCCUCGUCACCGUCUUCAUCAGGGAAGACCUGCGCCGACACCACGUCUCUCUCGCCGCCAACGCCCCCGAUCGCAAGGACACAGAAGAUGCUCGCAAAAACAGUUUCAGAGUCGACGGCCAUCACUGACAGGCCACGUCGCACCUUACAGAAUGUGCCCACGGAAAGCCAGCUUUCGGCUCACUGAAUACGUGUUAUCACAUGAAGAUGCAAGUGGAGAAGAGCAAUGUUUUGAAGAGUUUAUUCACACGAAAGAACUCCAUCGUCUAAAACGUGAAUUGAUGUCAAUAUUUCGAGAUGUUAUGGCCUUCUCAGUAGACUGAGAAAUGCUAGUGAAUUAUUCUGCGGCCACAUCACACUGUUUUUCACAGUUAUCGAUAUUUAUUUUUGUGUACAUAAGCUUUUAUACUUAAAAGCAAGACUGUAUC